AUGUCUUCGACGGUGGCUCGUCUCCUCACCGGUCUUCAUUUCCACUCAUUCACUUACGAUUUUCAUCUACGAAUGUUAGCGAAUUUUUUGAGUGGACGAGAUGCGGAGUUUUUUAAAAGUGGAUAUGAUACAAAUGCUUUUCUUGCUGAUUUCCUUCAAUAUUAUGGAUGUCGACCAGCUUAUGCUCAGAAUUGUGUUUAUGAAGAGAGACUUGCUUACAAGCUUGGUUUUGGUGUUCGUGGAUUGCUCGCAUGGAACAAGUUGGUCGAUACGCAUACCAAUUAUGGAUGGAAAGCGCUGAGGUUAAAGCAAAUUAGCCACGAGAGUGUGCCACAAAGAGAUUAUGUUCUAGUCUCUUGCUCUCAAGUUCCAUCACUUUCCAAUGACAGUCUUUCAUUGAGAGCUGUUCUUUAUGAUAUGGAACAAUCAAUUAAACAAAGCGAUUAUUUGUUUGUUGUUGUCUACAUGAUACAAAUUAUUCCGCCGAAUGAACCAAUCAAACCUCCACCCGUCUUGGCCCUUCAAUCAUCAAGCCGAGUUCGACACGAAUCAGCUCCUAUGACUCCACUCUCUGCAAUGGUACCAUUCGCAAAAGUUGAUGUUGAAGCAGAACAAGUGAUCGUUGUAGCGGAUAUUGAGACGGAGAAACUUCAAAAAAUCGUCAACUCAGAAGGUGAUGAGACAACAAUUGAGGGCCGAAGACGUUUCUCGAGUGGCGGAGUUCUUUCAGCAACUCCACCCGUCGACAUUCCGUUACCAAAACAGAGCAAUGAAACCGAUUCCUUUCGGGAACCAAAAAUGCCGAUGUUCCCCGUUUCGCCUCGAUCGAUCCCAAAAGAGCCAAUCGUUAUGCCAAUCGAGUUCGCCAUCGAAGCACACAAUUUAACCGUUCAUUCCACGAGAUUCUCCCAGUUAUUGCCCGAAGACUCACAAUUACCCUUACCGAUUGCAAAUGUGAUCGAAACGAGGAGCAUUGAUGGAGUUGGAGAAAGAGGAGAAGAAGACGGAGGACACGAUGAAGCUGAUGGUUAUGAAGAUGAUGGGAGAACCGAUGCUGAGAGGGAGACUGAAAUCGAUGACAAACCCUCGAGGCGACAUCGGCAAGAGAGAGCUGGCGACAUUCCUGAGGAGAAAUUCGCCUUCUACGUCACUUUUGUAAGCGAAAAACAGAAAAUGCUGCAACAGUGGAUCGAGGAUUCGAUGCAAGCUUACAAAAAUGAUUUGAAACGAGCGGUGGAAGCGGCCGAGAGGCAAUGUCGAGUCGAGAAAAUUUGGGUCAAUAUCGUUCAACUUCCGCCUCGAACCGGCCUCCAACAGAAACAAGCCAUUCAAAAGCUUCUGAAUAUGACAAAGGAUUGGAAUAAAAAUGAUCCAUGGAAACCGAUGGAUUAUGCAUUGCACGACACUGCCGGGCCAGAAGAUUUAGAGCUAAUGUGCUCAUUGGUAACAGCUCUCAGAUUGGAUGAAAGAGAGCCACUCUUAUCUGAGAUGUUACGUGGAUGUGAUCAUGCCCGUCUUUGUCGCUUUCUUCUUUGCCGUUAUGGACCACAACAAUGCAAAUUUUUCAGCUACAAGACUUGCUACAAGAAAGCCAUUGUUAUCAUCAAUCCGAAUUACCAAAAUCAAUUGUUCCUUGUGAAAUUCAAUGAAAGAGGCCAAACACCUGUCAUUGAGGUUCUCUUCAAAGGAGUUUCCGCGAUGAACGAGACGAAUUCUCUAAAAUGCAUGUGGGUGGAUAAAGCUGUCGACGAGAUUAUCCACGUUUGUAUGACUUUUUUGUGGAGUGAAAUGAAUGUACACAAAGGA